AUGCGCAACGGUGCCAACCCUUUCCGAGAACUGAUUCCCAUGUCUCAAACUCAGCCUUUUCUACAACAUAUCAUCAUCGCCGUCUCAGCGAUACACUACUCCCGCGCCAUGAACUACGAAUCACGGUUAACAUCGCAGUGCUCUCUCGUUGCCAACAGUGCUCUCAUAGACGCAUUAUGUGCACGACAGAAAGCGAUCCAGGAGCUCCGGGGGGCGUUGGAACGUCAACGCACCCUUGGUGAGAAUGAUGAUCCAGCUGAGAAGGAUGCUUUGCUUGCUACCGUUCUCUUUUUUGUCAACUUUGCGCUCAUAGACUCGGGCAAGGAUGGCUGGAGAGAUCAUUUGAGGGCAGCUGGGAGGCUCCUGUCGGCACAGGGCAGUAUCAACUUCUUCACCAUGUUGCCCUCAUCGGAUGCUUCGGGGUUGCCUGUGUACAUGCGUCCAUCACUCAUUGAUGGAGCAGGCACCUCGCUAACGAAAACAAUAAGAACCGACCAGUCAACUCUUUCCGGCUUGAUAUUACUGUCGAAGCCUUUGACUGCAUGCGACUACGUCGCAUCAGAUACAGCUGCGUAUUACAUAUGGAACAACGCACUUGACUCGCUGGCGUCUUCGGCACAAAGCCUGGACUCGGACACCGAGGCUUCUGAAUGGGAUCCGAGCAACGUUCUCAACAUCUUGCUACGCACCGAGACCAAUAGCUACCACAGCUGCCCUGCACGACUCAUGUACAUAGUGCUCCGCGCGUCUCGUCUUGCGCAGGCAAAUAAGUCCAACGGCACCGGUGGCCCGGACAUCGCCCAGAGGGAGGCAUGCCUGGACCUGCUGAACGAAGCUCAGUCGUUCGACGUCGACGACUGGGCGAAAGCGGUGUGUGCUAGAAACGUCAACUUCCUUGACACCACCGAUGAGGUCGAGUUGGCUUGUCGCAGGUGUAUCGCAGCGACGUACCGCGCGGCCGUCUGCCUCUACAUUCUGCUAGUAGCCCAAGGGCUCCAAGCGCAGACGCGAUGGGAUACAAGAUACGCGGACAAUGAGAGCUUGCCAUUUCUCCCCACGACUGCGGAUCUCGUCACCACGAUCCUGCACCAACUCUCCUUCAUCCCGAAAGAAAGCCCGUUCUUCAAGUUCACCACCUGGCCCGUCUUUCUCACUGGAGUAGAGACGGCGUCACCGGCUCGGAGGGCAUGGGUUCUCGACCGGCUGCAGGCCAUGAGAGAUAUCUGCCCCUGGGGCAUGCUCACGUCUGCUAUGGAGACGCUGGCAGACAUCUGGCGGUUGAGGGACAGCGUUUCGCCAAAGGCUGGAGUCAAAGUUGGUGCAGCUCACGUGUCAGAGGAUGAGGUGGAGGCUGAAGAGGCCCUUGAUACCAGCGGGUGGCUUGUUCGGUUACAGAGCAUGAAAAUCGACUGCUUGAUUGUAUGA